CAUACAAUAUCUCUUGAAAAAUUAAUCGGAUGAAGGAGAAUCCAGAAGCUGAGGUGUGAACUCAUCUUUGCCAUUGAAUUUUACGCCUUUCAAUGUUUGUUAUUGAUGCUUGAAAACGAAAUACCAGCUAACAUGAGUAAGAAAAAAUGUGUUUACAAGACUUGGUCGUUGACUCCAACACUAAAGCAAAUUGAUCAUAUUUUUUUCUUACUUUCCCUUCCUCAUCCUUACAUUUACAAAAAAAAAAAAGGAAAUUAAGGAAAAAGGAGAUGGCUGAUAUUCUUCUUACAGCAGUCAUCAAUAAAUCUGUUGAAAUAGCUGCAAAUCUACUCGUGCAAGAAGGUACGCGUUUAUAUUGGUUGAAGGAGGACAUCGAUUGGCUCCAAAGAGAAAUGAAACACAUUCGAUCAUAUGUAGACGAUGCAAAGGCAAAGGAAGUUGGAGGUGAUUCAAGGGUCAAAAACCUAUUAGAAGAUAUUCAACAACUGGCAGGUGAUGUGGAGGAUCUAUUAGAUGAGUUCCUUCCAAAAAUUCAACAAUCCAAUAAGUUCAUUUGUUGCCUUAAGACUGUUUAUUUUGCGAAUAAGUUUGCUAUGGAGAUUGAGAAGAUAAAAAGAAGAGUUGCUGAUAUUGACCGUGUAAGGACAACUUACAACAUCACAGAUACAAGUAACAAUAAUGAUGAUUGCAUUCCAAUGGACCGGAGAAGACGAUUCCUUCAUGCUUAUGAUGAAACAGAGGUCAUCGGUUUGGAUCAUGACUUCAACAAGCUCCAACACAAAUUGCUUCUUCAAGAUUUGCCUUAUGGAGUUGUUUCAAUAGUUGGCAUGCCCGGUUUGGGAAAAACUACUCUUGCCAAGAAACUUUAUAGGCACGUCCGUCAUCAAUUUGAAUGUUCUGGAUUGGUCUAUGUCUCGCAGCAGCCAAGGGCGGGAGAAAUCUUGCUUAACAUAGCCAAACAAGUUGGACUGACGGAAGAAGAAAGGAAAGAGAACUUGGAACACAACCUAAGAUCACUCUUGAAAAUAAAAAGGUACGUUAUCCUUUUAGAUGACAUUUGGGAUGUUGAAAUUUGGGAUGAUCUAAAACUCGUCCUUCCUGAAUCUGAUUCAAAAAUUGGCAGUAGGAUAAUUAUAACCUCUCGAAAUAGUAAUGUAGGCAGAUACAUAGGAGGGGAUUUCUCAAUCCACGUGUUGCAACCUCUAGAUUCGGAGAACAGUUUUGAACUCUUUACCAAGAAAAUCUGUAAUUUUGUUGAUGAUAAUUGGGCCAAUACUUCACCAGACUUGGUAAAUAUUGGUAGAUGUAUAGUUGAGAGAUGUGGAGGUAUACCGCUAGCGAUUGUGGUGACUGCAGGUAUGUUAAGGGCAAGAGGAAGAACAGAACAUGCAUGGAACAGAGUACUUGACAGUAUGACUCAUAAAAUUCAAGAGGGAUGUGCUAAGGUAUUGGCUUUGAGUUACAAUGAUUUGCCUAUUGCAUUAAGGCCAUGUUUCUUGUACUUUGGCCUUUUCCCCGAGGACUAUGAAAUUCGUGCUUUUGAUUUGAUAAAUAUGUGGAUUGCUGAGAAGCUCAUAGUUGUAAAUAGUGGUAAUACGCGAGAGGCUGAAAGUAAGGCGGAGGAUUUCCUAAAUGAUUUGGUUUCUAGAAACUUGAUCCAAGUUGCCAAAAGGAGAUAUGAUGGAAGAAUUUCAACUUGUCGCAUACAUGACUUGUUACAUAGUUUGUGUGUGGAGUUGGGCAAGGAAAGUAACUUCUUUCACACCGAGCACAAUGCAUUUGGUGAUCCCGGCAAUGUUUCUAGGGUGCGAAGGAUUACAUUCUACUCUAAUAUUAAUGCCAUGAAUGAUUUCUUCCGUUCAAAUCCUAAGCCUAAGAAACUUCGUGCACUUUUCUGUUUUAUAAAUGAUACUUGCCUAUUUUCUCAACUGGCUCGUCAUGACUUCAAAUUAUUGCAAGUGUUGGUUGUAGUCAUAGCUUAUGAUUAUUUUUUAAGUUACAUAGGAAUCCCAAAAACGUUUGGGAAGACGAGUUGCUUACGCUAUCUGCAAUUGGAGGGGCAUAUGUAUGGGGAACUGCCAAAUAGUAUGGUCAAACAUAUGCAGACCCUAAAUAUUGAAAAUAGCUGGGCAAUACUUCCUACUGGUGUUUGGGAGUCUACACAAUUGAGACAUCUUCGUUGUAAAGGUAAUUUACAAGAAUCUAACUGUUGCUUUUCUAUAAGCCGAAACAUUUGCUCAUUGCCUCCUACUAAUCUACAAACUUUGAUGUGUGUGGAUGAUAAGUUUGUUGAACCGAGAUUAUUUCACCGGUUGAUCAACUUAAGAAAACUGGGUAUAUGGAGAGUAUCUGAUUCUACCAUUCAGAUAUUAUCAACGUUGCCAAAAGAGUUGGAGGCUCUGAAGCUCAUAUUUUUGUAUCAAUCGAGUGAGCAAAUAAACUUGUCACCCUUUCCAAAUAUUGUUAAGUUGCAUUUGAAUGGAAGCGAGCAUUUGAACUCUGAAACGUUCCCUCCAAAUCUUGUCAAGCUUACUCUUAGCUGCAUUGAGGUAGAAGGUCAUUUAGUAGCAUUGCUUAAGAAAUUGCCCAAAUUAAGAAUACUUAAAAUGAUUUACUGCCAACAUAAGGAAGAAAAGAUGGAUCUCUCUGGUGAUAAUGAUAGCUUUCUGCAACUUGAAGUUCUGCAUAUUCAAAAACCAUUCGGGUUAUCUGAAGUAGAGUGCACAGAUGAUGUGAGUAUGCCUAAAUUGAAAAAGUUAUUACUGAAACAUACCAAGUUCAACAUUAGGCUCUCGGAACGUCUUACAAAGCUGAGAGUAUGAAAAUCUCAAUGCAUCAACAGAUGCAUUUCAGAAUGAUUCAAGUCUUUGCUGGAGACCAUGACUGUUUGAAUUUGCAAUAAAUAACAUUAAAUUAAAUGUUUGAUUUUUGCUUUUUCAAGUUGAUGUAUUUGUCGCUACUAAUUUUUAAAAUACAACCAUUUAUUGUCUUAUGUAUGUUUACCCUUUCUGUUUCACAAAA